AACUGAUUGCAGAUUUUGGGCAGACCUGGAGUGAGGAGGCCAUCGGGGAGCAAGUCCAGGAGCUGCUGCUCUACGAACUGGGUUUCCUGGUCUGCAUGGCCAUCGGGCUCCUCUUCAUCAUCCUCGUGCCCCUGGUGGGAUGCUGCUUCUGCUGCUGCCGCUGCUGUGGGAACUGUGGGGGCCGCAUGUACCAGAAGCAGGGCCAGCAGAUGGGCUGCCGGCGCUGGGCACUCUGGGCCUCCGUCCUGCUGGUCUCUGCUCUCCUCCUGGCCGGUGACACCUGUGCCUUCAUCAGCAACACCCGCUUCUCCCAGGCUGUGCAUGGCACCUUCCCCAAUGUCAACAACACCCUGGACAAUGUCCGCACCUACGUGGUGUCCAUCCCCCAGCAAAUCAGUUUUAUCAUCGACAGCAGCAACAUCCCGCUGGGCCAGGCCAACCGCAGCCUCCAGGACAUUGGGCCCAACCUGGGUAGCAUGAUCAUCUCUGGCAUCAGGAGUGGUACAGAUGGGGCUCUGGGAUCCCUCCAGAGCCUCUUGCAAGGGAUGGAGUUGCUGGUGACCGCCUUCGGCAGCAUCACCCUGCAGCGCUGCGGCCGCCCCUGCGGCCGUGUGUCCCUGGACAGCCUCGCCUUCAGCACCAACUUCAGCACGAUCCCUGGUGUGGAGCGGCAGCUGGAGGCACUGGGUGACGUGUCUGGCUCCAACAUAACUGCUGAUUUAGAGAAGGUUAACAGCAUGCUGGACACGAUCCCUGCCAAGGUGCAAGAGCAGUCCCAGGACGUGGUGACAAAGACCCAGGACCAGCUGGGCCUUAUCAGGCAGGAGAUCAGGAACUUGCAGGAGCAGUUACUGCUCCUAGAUGUGGAGGAGAAUGUUGGGGCCUUUGUGGGCAACACCACGUCGGUGCUGGAGGAAUACAGGGAGCCAGUUGUCGCCUUGGAUGGGCUUAGGUGGAUCGUGUGUACCCUCCUGUGCUGCGUGGUGCUGCUGGUGGUCCUCUGCAACCUCCUCGGGCUGCUGCUGGGGCCCCUGGGGCUGAAGGAAGGCGUGCUGCCCACGCAGCGCAGCAGCCUCUCCAAUGCCGGCGGGAACUUCUUCAUGGCAGGGGUCGGCUUCAGCUUCAUCUUCUCCUGGCUGCUGAUGCUGCUGGUGCUAAUCACCUUCGUGCUGGGGGGGAACACCUACAUGCUCGUCUGCGAGUCGUGGCGCAGCCAGCAGCUCUUUCAGCUCCUGGACACCCCUGGCAUGAUCCCUGGCUUUAACCUGUCGGAGCUGCUGGGCCAGGAGGGUGGCACAGUAAACUUCUCUGAGAUAUACAGGCAAUGCCAGCGAGAUGCUGCCAUCUGGAAAACACUGCACUUGGACCAGAGCAUCUCCCUGGAUGAGGUCUUGAAUAUCAGCCAGUACACAGGAGAGAUCUCUACAGCCUUCGAGAAGAUGAACAUCACCCUGAGCCCCAUCUCCCUGCUCAGCCAGAGCCAGAGAGACUUGCUGCUGAACGCCAGCCAGGCUGGGCAGCCCCCCGACUUCACCCCCAUGCUGGAGCAGCUGGAUCAGAAUGUGACCCAGGGAAGCCUCCUGGGUUUGGCCGCAGAGCUGGAGCAGCUGGCAGACAAAGUG